CGGGAACAAAUACAAUAUUUGUAUUUGCAUGUGGCCCGCCGGCCGUAGUUUGAGGACCCCUGCUCUAGCCUAUUGAUUUAUGACAUGCUGAAGUUAUAUAAGGAAUUUGUGAUUAUCAAAAUAUGCUAUAUGAAUUGAAUGUGUGUGCCAGUAUUAAUUCAUAUUUUUACUAACAUAGAUACGGAUAUGUGUGUGCCACAAAGAUUAUGAAACUGAGGAAAAUACUUGAAAAAGUUGGGGCUGCGUCAGGAUUUACCUCUGAAGAGAAAGAUCCCGAAGAAUUCUUGAAUAUCUUGUUUCAUCAUAUUUUAAGGGUGGAACCAUUGUUAAAAAUAAGGUCAGCAGGUCAAAAAGUACAAGAUUGUUACUUCUAUCAAAUUUUUAUGGAAAAAAAUGAGAAAGUUGGAGUUCCUACAAUCCAGCAGCUGCUAGAAUGGUCUUUUAUCAACAGCAACCUGAAAUUUGCAGAGGCCCCGUCAUGCCUGAUCAUCCAGAUGCCUCGGUUUGGGAAGGACUUUAAGCUGUUUAAGAAGAUCUUCCCUUCCCUGGAGCUGAACAUCACAGACCUGCUGGAAGACACCCCCCGACAGUGCCGCAUCUGCAGAGGGCUGGCCAUGUACGAGUGCCGCGAGUGCUACGAGGACCCCGACAUCGCAGCCGGGACCAUCAAGCAGUUCUGCAAGGACUGCAACACCCAGGUCCACCUCCACCCCAAGAGGCAGAACCACAAGUAUAACCCGGUGUCCCUGCCCAAAGACCUGCCCGACCGGGACUGGAGGCACAGCUGCGUCCCCUGCCAGAAGAUGGAGCUGUUCGCCGUGCUCUGCAUCGAGACCAGCCACUACGUGGCCUUCGUCAAGUACGGCCGGGACGACUCCGCCUGGCUCUUCUUCGACAGCAUGGCUGACCGGGACGGUGGUCAGAACGGCUUCAACAUCCCUCAGGUGACCCCGUGCCCCGAGGUCCGGGAGUACCUGAAGAUGUCGCCGGAGGACCUGCAUUCCCUGGACUCGCGGCGCAUCCAGGGCUGCGCGCGCAGGCUGCUGUGCGACGCGUACAUGUGCAUGUACCAGAGCCCCACCAUGAGCCUGUACAAGUAGCGGCAGGUGCAGAGCCGCCCCGCACGGCCUGCCGUGCGCCCGGGGCUCCGCCCGCGUCCCUGGCGGCAGGGGGGUCGCUGUGGGAGGACCCGUCAGAGAAGAGCUGCUCUGUGUUCCUGGAGUCUCUAAUGAGAAGCGUGUGCACUCUGGCGUUUACGAUCUAAAUGAAGUUAUUAAAGCGGAAGCUUUAAGUCCAGGGCGGUGAUCACGUGAUCUCUUUGGAAGCACAUCAUCCUACCUGUGCCCGUCUCAGACCUCUUCUCGGCCACCGAGAAUGUAAAUAAAUGUGUCUUCUUUACGGACCAAGGAUAUGAAAUCGCUGUCCUUUGUAGCUAACGGUUGCCGUGAGGAAGAAAUGUUUGGUGUUGUUAAGAGACGGCUUUCCAUUGGCUAUUAAAGUUGUGUUGAGUUGA